GUGUUCCUCGGAUUAUCGACACGCACUUAACGCGGUGCAAGUAUUUUUCACGAGAUGAAAGAGUUUCUUGUACUAUGUGGGCUGGUAGCUCUGAGCUCGGGGGCCGUCAAGCUAACCGAGCACUACUCCUGGAACAUGCUGGACUGGGAUUACCCCGAUCCGUACUCCAAGCAGCAGGCCUACCAGACCGGGGAGCUCAUCCCACAGAACGCCCUUCCAGUCGGGAUUGAACGCUGGAGGAACAAGCUAUUCGUUAGCGUACCCAGAUGGCGUCCAGGUAUUCCCGGGACUUUGAACUACAUUCCCCUGGACGCUCCCUACGACCCGUCCCCCAAGCUGAUCCCGUACCCGAGCUUCGCGGGCAACCAGCUGGGCGACUGCGACAACGGCCUGACCACCGUCUACCGGAUUAAGGCGGACAAGUGUGACCGUCUCUGGGUCCUGGAUGUGGGCACCUACGGAUAUGAUCCGAACGUUACAAACGUGUGUCCGUAUGCGUUAAACGUAUACGACCUCAACACCGACACCAGAAUACGCAGGUACGUGUUCCGGCCCGAGGACAUCGUUCCCGCCACCUUCAUAGCCAACAUCGCGCUGGACGAGGGCAGCACCUGCGACGACACCUUUGCCUACUUCUCCGACGAGCUGGGCUAUGGCCUCAUCGCAUACUCCUGGGAGCUCAACAGGUCGUGGCGGUUCAAGCACAGCUACUUCAUGCCCGACCCCCUCGUCGGAGACUUCAACAUCGCCGGCCUCAACUUCCAGUGGGACGCCGAGGGCAUCUUCGGGAUAACCGCGUCACCCCGCGGCUCGGACGGGUUCAGGAACCUCUACUUCAGCCCUCUGACCAGCCACACCGAGUUCGCGGUGUCGACCCGCGUCCUAAGAAAUGAGACCAAGGUCGGCGAUUCGUACAAGGACUUCAAGGUCGUGGGCGUCCGCGGCCCCAACUCGCACACGACCGCCAAGGUCAUGGACGACAGCGGCGUCCAGCUGUUCAGCUUGAUCGACCAGAACGCCAUCGGCUGCUGGAACUCGGCCCUGCAGUACAAACCCCAGAACAUCGCCGUAGCCGAUAAGGACGAUGUCGGCCUAAUUUUCCCUAGCGACGUCAAAAUCGAUGAGACUAGAACCGUGUGGGUAAUUUCUGAUAAGAUGCCCGUAUUUUUGGAAUCCGACCUCGAUUACACCGAUGUCAACUUUAGAAUAUUUUCGGCGCCCCUGGAUGCACUCGUUCGCGGGACCGUGUGCGAGCCGUCCGUUCCGUUCACUCCACCUCCCCAGUAUUCCAACAAUUUUGAUAUCAUGUCCGUACUGAAUCCCCAGUAUCAACAGUUUUCUCUCCCAAACCCGAACCUGCAGCUCUCACAAAACUUGGUGCCGCAGUUCCCGAGCCAAUAUUUUGCGAGCCAAUUCCCGAAGCCUAGCUACAUAACCCGAAACAGAAACCGAUGGUCGUUAAAGCAGAAUUAUCUAAAAAAAUAAU